AUGGAUGAUAAAGAAGACAUAAGCAGCCUUGUUUCUGAUCUUUCAGAUCUUGAAGUUGCGCUUCUACUAUCUCUUGCUGUUCAUGAACAUUGUCUCAUUGAGACAACAAGCGACUGCAUCCAUGACGUUGCAAAAGAGCUGGCCCUGAUAUGCUCGAGUGUCUUCAGCCGCACGUGUAAAAUUCUGGAAUGCUCGUCGGCUACCUCCUUGGAGGAUUUCUACUCCGAAAUUCUAGUCCCUGAAAUUCUAGUGUCGGAUGUAUCCAAGGCAAUUGCGCCGUACUCACGCCCGCGUAAGGGGGCUGAAUCUUUGUCAAUCCAUCACAAUACCAUAGAGCCAAGAGAUCGUACGAGGUCGCCUGGUUUCCGCAAUGUCUCUGGGGACAAGAAAGUCGUCGAUGUCGUUAUCGCCAAGAACUUCAAUUAUGUUGACGGGGAUAUACAACUUCAUGCCUUGGAGGUAGGAUUUCUUGACCAUCACGACGAUGCUUUGCUCAAUCAUCGACAGUUGAUGCGCUCCAAACGGUUGAACACAAAUCAUGGCUUGAUUGAAGCUCCGCCUGACUUCCUCUUCGUACCUCUUGUAAUCCGCAGCUCGGACCAGCUUCACCCUCGCUUGAAUCAUCACCUGAAUGACCACCUCAUUCUCUCUCACUUUCAUGACCCUACGGAUGGCUAUGUUCACCUAGAAGAAAAUACCGACUGGCUCUCAGAUGGACAGUUGUCAGCCUCGUCUGUGGUCCGUAAAUCGGAUGCUCAGUUAAAGAAGAGUCUAGCAGUUGACCAAAAGUUACUUGACCAAAUACAACACCUAAGCGCCUCGGUCUCAGUGGGUGCAGACAUAACACGGUAUCAGCAGGAUAUUGUUGUAUUCUUGCGAUUAAGUCGCGCUGUUGCUGGGGGCAUCACAGCACGAUCAAACAUGCAGUUUACAAAACUCUCGAAACUACUCGCAACAUUACACGGGAUUGACUAUUUGACACCCUCGAUUGUGGCUUUGGCGGCAAGAAAAGCCUUCCGCCAUCGGAUUGUCUUAGCAGAACCUGAAGAUGAUAGAAGUUUGCAAUACGGGAGCGACAUACAGGCCGUGACUAAAAUCCUUGCUCAAGCCAGUCCGGAUUCCAUACUGGAAGGUGUCCUUGCACUGGAGCCUCCAUUAUGA